AUGCCUGCUCUACAUCGUGAAGAAACGAUGUAUUCCACUGCCUCGCGUCUUCGCGAAUUCCGCAUACAGAGAGGGAUAUCAUUCUUAAGCGAGCAUUUGCUGGUUAGAGAUACGUUAUUUUUAAUGCAAGGAAUUUCGGGAAAAUAUGUGCGCUUUGCCUCAUCGAAGGAUGACGAAAAGACUCUGGUCUUUUCGUCAGACUCCAACAUAGCACCACCAACACAAGCACUCAUACAUCGACUUGCUGAACUUGGCUAUCUAUACAGCCGGGUUGAAAGAUUCAUACAGGAGCGGGAACGAACUUCCGGCGUUGGCAUGAUUGAGCAAAGCCUUUGUCACUAUAUGCAAGCCCAACUCACUGAAUAUUACCGUUUGAUAGCGGUGUUGGAAACUCAGCUCUCCUCAUUCCACAAAGAGGGUCAGAAAGCCCAGGAAACGGCAGAAAAUUUGGAGACUGGCCUUUCACUACGAAGGCUUGAUGUCUGGGUGAACGAAUGGCGACUUAGAAUGAGAAUGAUGAGUGUAUGCGUUGAAGGGGCUCGAGGGGCUCAUGGAGGCGCCUUGGUUAAUCUGAUUCAUAGCUACACUGAAAAUGGGGACCCCUUUGUUAGGAAGUUUACCGAUGAGCUCCUUGAAGAGGUGUCUCGACCCUUCUUCGCUACAUUGCAUAAAUGGCUAUUUUCUGGAGAGUUGUAUGACCCGUUUGAAGAAUUUUUUGUUAGCGCAGAUUCUAGCCUUGGGCACAUACCUUAUGUUCACCCGUCUUCAUUGUUGGGCGGAAUAAGUCAGUUCCCGAAUGACAACGUUUUUGGGGGGCUUAAUGCAGACAACGACGAUCUAUCUGGUGUAAGGGAGAGCGGCCAAAAACUUUGGGAAACGAAAUAUCGGUUCCGAAAGGACAUGCUCCCAUCGUUUGUUGGAGAACCUUUUGGAAGAAAAAUUUUUUCAACUGGAAAAAGUUUGAAUUUUAUUCGAUACAGCUGCUUGGACAGUGAUUGGGUAGUUACACGAGAAAAAAUGAGCAAUACUGGCGACACUUUGCAGUACGGUGACAUCAAUGGUCUCGAGAGAUCGAUUGAUACUGCGUACCAGAUGGCUAGCCAUCGCUUGUUUGAAGUAUUCAUCGAAAAAUUCAAACUAUUAGAACAUCUCUCGGCUUUGAAGAGCUAUUUGCUUCUUGGACAUGGCGAUUUUGCAGAUCAAUUGAUGGAAACUCUCGGCCCAAGUCUGGCUCGCCCUGCCAAUGCGCUUUACAGACACAAUUUGACAGCGAAUUUGGAAACGGCUAUCCGCUCUUCCAAUGCCCAACAAGAUCCAGUGGAUGUGCUGCGACGAUUAGACGCUCGGAUGCUCGAGUAUUCUCAUGGGGAAAUAGGGUGGGAUGUUUUUACCCUGGAGUACAAAGUCAGUCCACCAAUCGACACAGUAUUAGACCAAGAGGCGAUGGAGAAAUACCUUAAACUGUUUAAGCACCUAUGGCAAAUGAAAAGAAUAGAAAAGGCACUUGACAGAGGCUGGAUGAGAAUAACAGGAGGUGCAAAAUUCUUUGUCCGUUUGCCUGAUUUGGCAUUCGAUUGGCAUAAAAUUCGAAUUGUCAUGACUGAGAUGAUUCAUUUUAUCAGACAGCUAGAGGCCUAUUGUCGUCUUGAAGUCAUUGAAUGUUCGUGGAAGGUUCUCAUUGACUUUUUAAACAAGAAACAAGGGGAUCUCGACGCCUUGAUUGACGCUCAUCGGAACUACCUUGAUCGGACAACGAAAAAAAUACUUCUAUGGCAUCCGAAACCUGGCAAGGAGGAUAUGCUUUUGCGCCAAUUGAUAGAAAUAUUCGCGUUUAUUUUACAGUUCCGAGAGGCUACGGACAAUUUUUACAACUAUUGCUUAUCAGAAUCCGCUCGCAGAGAUCAACGAUUGGAUGAAGAGCGCGGCGUUUACACGGGGAACAAUGAAGAUCGAGUUUCGGACCCAUCGGGAAUAAUAAACCGUAUAAAAGAUUACGGUUCUGGAUUCUCUGAAAGAGUUCAAACUUUAGUCCAGCAGCUCCAAAUACACCCCGACCUAGAUUGCCGUUUCCUCGCCAUCCGUCUCUCCUUUUCCGACUAUUACCGAUUAAAGAAAGACCAACAAUCUGCACAAUUGAAGGCCAAUACAUAA